CAACGAAAGAAGCUCGCGAGUGCGGAGCGAAUAACGGUAAACGCCAGCUCCAAUAACGGUCCAUCGCAGCAUAGUGUAGUGUAGUAGUGUAGUGCUUUGGCGACCGUGUAGCGUAGUGUUUUCAAGUGAAGUGCAGACGGGGGUGGUUGCAAACAAAAAGCCCAUUAAAUACUCAACGCAAAUAGGCAAAGAAAUAAAAAUAUUUAACACAAGUGUGUCGGUUCAGUGUUUUGUGGUGCGAAAAUCUCACGAAAAUAGAAAAAAGAAAACAAGAGGAAAAAUCCAAUAAAAACAUGGCCCGCUAAGCGUUGAGCCUCACAUAACGGAAAAGAGAGUGUCACUAAUUGAAUGCGAAUUGCUGGCCUGGACACCUCGUAAUUGAAUGGCAGAUUGAACGGCGAAGAAAUUACAGGGACAGCCAGCUUAGAGAGGGAUUAGUCAGAAUGUUUGAGUGUCGAUUCGUUCAGAGUGGUGGCAGUUGAGGCGCCCAGAAGAAGGCCCCACAACGUCCUUCCCGCCCACUCGCACGCCCCUUUUGCCGGUGGGUUGGUGUUUGUGCGAUAGCCAGAGUGGUGCCUCUGUGAGUGUGAGUGUGUGUGCGAUAGGUGCUUGCGUUGGUGGUGGUUAGCAUGCAAAUCAACGGUCUAGCUGCCGGACCCACGAUGGCAGCCUCCGAGCCACCAGAGCCGCCGCCGCGCAAUCCGGACCGCAUAAACGCCUCGCUGCACAAGUUGGGCGAAUCCAAGAUAGCCAAAUCCCUGGAUACCUCGGUGACGACGGGACUGAAGGAGAAAGCCGCUUCCGUGAACAACAACAAGCCCAUAAGACCGCUCUUAUCGCUUGACAGCUCGGUGACGGCUUCGACAUCCUCGGGAGCAGCAGGAGCAACAGGAUCUGGUGGCGGAGGUGCGCCAGCCAAGCCGUCACCUUUGGUCUUGGCCUCCAAACGAGACCUCACGCCCAGCAACGAGAGCAGCUCAUCGCCGUCCAGUUCGAAUGGCAGCAACCAGACCCUCACCCCACCCAUGACCGCUGAUAAUCAGCCGCUCCAGCAGCAGUUACAGCACCACCAGCACCGGAGUCCUGCGUAUCCUGGCAAGCCAGCAGAAGCCGCAGGAGGAGUGCCUCAGCAGCAGCAGCAAUUGCCGAAUGGCAUCGGCAGCAGCCACUGCAACAGCAACAGCAACGGCAGCAGCAGCAGCACUUCCAACUCCGGCACAGCCAUGAUCCAUGCGAAUAACUCGAAUUUAAUUGCCGCUGGUCACUUGGCACAGGCAGCCGGCCCCGCCCACAACGCCCCCUCCAGCGGCAGUGCACUCAAUGCCGUCGACAAGCGAAAUGCCAACCUAUCGGAGCCGGAUCAGGACCUGCCCCCGAAUCUGAAUGUAAAUCUCAGCCCGAAUCCAUCGCUGGCCCUGGGAGCCCCGCACUCUCCCACGUCCGCCGCGUCGGCGGCCUUGCUCCUCCUCGAAUCCUGCGAUGGAAAUCGCAACGACGAGUCAAGGUUCCACCACCUGCAUUCCGCUCCACGCCCAGAAGCCACCAUGAAGCUGCGCGAGGAGAACGAUCGUCUUAAUGCCGAACUGCUUCGACUGAGACGCCUCCUCGAGCUGUCCACAGAUGGAGCAGUGGGUGGUGUAGAUACCGCUCCCGAAAUGGAUGCAGUCGCAUCCGGCGAAGGAUCAGCUGCCAAGGAGCGCAUCGAACGCCUGGAGUCGGAGCUGAGGUCGGUGAAGAAUCAGCUGCUGACCAUGCGGCUGGAGCGGAAAAAGCUGCGAACAGACAAGUCCGAUCUGCUGGGCCAGGUGAAGCAACUGUGUGCCUCGCUGCAGGAGAAGGAGCAAGAACUGCGCGACUUCAUACGCAACUAUCAGGAGCGGGUGCGGGAAACGGAGACAACGAACGCCAAGAUCUCCGGGAAUCGGGAUCGGGAGCGCUUCCAGCUGCUCAAGCAGGCACGCGAUGAGGCAGAGCGUUCGCUGGCCUUGGCCCAACAACUGUCGGCCAGGGAUCUGCAGCUGCAGAGGCUGCAGGAGCAACUGCAGGAGGCACGCCGCCAGUUGACCGGAUGUCUGUCGGAUCAGGAGAGUCUGCACUCCUUUGCUCCACUCACUCCUCCGUCGGCAGCUUCGGGAAUGCUCAGUCAGAUGGCCGCUGCAUCGGGAAUGGGCGGUGGCUUGGCUGGCAUGCGCGGCACCACCGAGGACAGUGGGCGUGGCAACUCGUUGUCCGCCUUCAGCGGCAGCUUAAGCGGAGGAUCCGGCGCCACGGCGGGCGAUCGCAAUUCCUGCUCCAAUGACUCGGGGCUAAGGAACAGCAGCGAUCGGGAGAGCACCGGCGGCGAACUGAACUUCAGCGACGGAACCUGCGACAAUGGACCCUGCAUCACGGUCGAUCCGGACAGCAUCUCCCUCGUGUCCAGCCAGAACAUGUACCAAUUUGGCACACCAAAGGAACGAAGCCCCACAUUGUCUCCCCUGAAUUCAGCGGCCUACUCAAGAUCCGUGGAACAGUUGGGCUCCCCGGUGGACCCCGAGGGACCAGGUAAUGGAGCUAUCAGCCGGAAGUUCGCCAACGCCAGCAAAAGUGGUCCGCUCGGUGCUCGAAAUGGACGCGGCGGAACCUGGGGAAGUAUAUCACGAGUGUUUGCUCGCUCCAGAAAUAAAAACAAGGCUCUUUCCGCUGAUGGCGUGACUGAAUAUGCCGACUACUCGUGGAAUCCGUUGACGGAGGAGGGCUACGCAGAGAAGCUGCGUCUGCUGCGGGAGGCCUCCCAGCUGCCCAUCGACCGCUGGCGGGCCACCCAGGUGCUCGCCUGGCUGGAGGUGGCCCUGGGAAUGCCCCAGUACAGCGCCAGGUGCGCAGAAAACGUGAAGAGCGGCAAGGUGCUGCUGGAGCUGAACGACGUGGAGCUGGAGGCGGGCCUGGGCCUGGCCCAUCCGAUGCAUCGCAAGAAACUGCGGCUGGCCAUCGAAGAGCAACGGCGUCCGGAGAUGGUGCGCUAUCCGCUGAUCACGCAGCUGGGUCACACCUGGGUGGCCACCGAGUGGCUGCCGGACAUCGGACUGCCCCAGUAUGCGGAACCCUUUGUGCAGUCCCUGGUCGAUGCUCGCAUGCUGGACACGCUCUCCAAGAAGGAGCUCGAGAAGUUCCUGGGCGUCACGCGGAAGUUCCACCAGGCCAGCAUUGUGCACGGCAUCCACGUGUUGCGCAUCGUCAAGUACGACCGACAAACUCUGGCCAUGCGGCGGGUGCAAUCCGAGACGGUGGACACGGACCCCAUUGUGUGGACGAACCAGCGCUUCAUCCGCUGGGUGCGAUCCAUCGACCUGGGCGAGUACGCGGACAAUCUGAAGGAUAGCGGCGUUCAUGGCGGUCUUGUGGUGCUGGAACCAUCCUUCUCUGGUGACACCAUGGCCACCGCCUUGGGCAUUCCCCCCUCGAAGAACAUAAUACGGCGACAUCUCAACACGGAAUUCGAUGCCCUCAUUUUGCCCGCACGAGCGACUCUGGGUCAGGGCAUCCGUUCCGGUUGCGGCGUAGUGCCUCUAACGGGACCCGGCGGACUGCAGCACUAUGCCACAACAGAUCGCCGCUCGAGCGGCAACCUCAGGAUUUCGGCAUGGAAAGGAUCUCAGAGCUCCCUCUCUAAAGCCUUUCGGUUUAACAGCAAACCACAUCGCACCGGGGACCGCAGCUCCUUUGGGAACUCCACCUCCCCAACGCCUUCGUACAGCAGCAGCGAGGGUGGCGGAGGAAUAUACGCAACCAUAGGCCACCAGUAUCCGAAUCCGCACACCAAUCUCCAGCAGCAGCAGCACUACCAUCACUUCCUGCCGCCGCCGACGACGGCCCCACCGCCAAUUCCCUCGGCUGGGGGCAUCUAUAGUCAUGGUCCGCCGCCUGGUCAUCGGGUGAGCGCUCCGCCAGUUGGAGGGGUACUGGAUGCGGUGUCCACCGACCCACAAAUGCUCUACGAGCAGAGUCGACGGCGCGUGAAGAGCAUCAGCGAUAUUGGGGCCUCGACGAGUGUGGGCAGUGUGGGAGCCUGCAGUCUGGGUGGCAUAUCGGCCUCAUCGGAGUCCCCUGAAUAAGAGUGAAAAGCUAGCUAGAUAGGAUUACAACUACCACUACCAAAGAUACUCAGCUGUACUCCCGCAUGAAAAUCCCUUCCACCCCCCUCCAUACAUAACCCAUUUACCCUUCCAGUUGCAUUUGAGCUUAGAAUCUACAAGCAAACUCAAUUAUAUUCAAGUCAGUGUCAGACCCACCUACAAGAUACAAGCAUUCAGCAGAUACAGAUACAUAUGCGUCAAGUAAUACAAGAUAAGCGAGUAAUCAUUUGAUCAAAUCAGAUAGAACUUCGAACUAUAUGCUAAACGUAAAUAACAACAUAAUAUAUUGUGUAGACUAAGCCCCAAUCGCAGGCAAGAGAAGUAAGGAUCGAAUCGAAUCAAACACUCCACCCCAACUCAAACCAACUGCAUUAGUCUAAUCAAUCGCAUAUAUGUAAUUCUAAUUGUAAUUGUAACUGUAAAGAUAGCUCUAAACCGAUUUAAAAGUGAGAGGCAGAUUGCGUGAAGCUACUAUACUCACUGAAUUAUAAGCCGAUGUAGGCACUGGAGAUGCGAUUGCAAUUUAGAUAAAUUGAAAUUAUUUUGUAACCGAAACUAUCGUAGCUAAGCAAAUGGAAACGGAAACUAUUGAAUUAAAUUUGAUAAGCCGCAACAUGCGGCACUUUGUAAAUUAUGAUAAGCCAUAAGCAACGUUCAAUAUCGCAUGGUAAUGGUAAAAUCCGAAACAGAAUCAAAUAUAUGGUAAACACAAACGCACUCCCCGAAAAACCCUCGCACAACCAAAGAAAGUCAGUCAGCCUGCUUUAUCCGCCAAUCAAUCAGUAUCGAAGAAUCCCCGAGAGGGUAUCAUUAAGCUGACCAAUUUAACUGUAGACCUAUGACGAAGAAAACUAUCGAAUAAACCCAUGAUCAAAACUCUGUUGUAAA